AUGUCUGUCACUCCCGAUAACCUCGCUUCCCGACUGGCCGGACUCAACACCUCCGAAUCAGUAACCAACGGUCACUCGCCUUCCGCACCAGGAUCGCCAAGCUCUGAGAACCCCCGUAGAGGGUCAGUCCUAGAUAACGGUACCAACCUCGGCUCGGCUUUAGGUCGAAAAUCAUCUGUUGGUGGUGGAGCAAGACCUGGCUUUGGUAUGACCAAUGCUGAAACCGAACGAAGAGGCAGUGCCGGAAGUGCCGGUAGAAUCAGUAGAAGGGGUAGUAACAUCGUAAUGACUCCCAGUGGUGCUCAAGCUGUUUAUCACACCAGAACCAAUGAUGAUGUCGAGCUCCCUCACGCUGAGAAGAAAACUAUCGCCGACCAUCUGAGAAAGUAUGAGAGUCUUCUGACACUCACCCCUCAACGAAUGCGAAUGAUCGUGCACUCAUUCGAAGAAACUCUCGACAAUGGUCUCCAGAAGGAUGGACAGGUGGUGCCUAUGAUUCCUACUUUCGUCUUUGGUUGGCCUUCUGGUAAAGAAGUUGGUGAAUACCUCGCGCUGGAUUUGGGAGGUACCAAUCUUCGAGUCUGUCUCGUGACCCUUCAAGGUCAAGGUAAAUUCCAAGUCACCCAGACCAAAUACAGGUUGACUGAGGAGCAAAAGCAAGAGGAGGGUCAAAAAUUGCUCGACUUCUGCGCUGAAUGUUUAGACUCUUUCAUUCGCGAUACUUUGGGAAGAACUGAGGCCGAUGGUAUCCUUCCUCUGGGAUUCACUUUCUCUUACCCAUGCUCCCAAGAUCGAAUUGACCAUGGUGUGCUCAUUCGAUGGACCAAGGGUUUCGGAGCACCUAACAUCGAAGGAAGAGAUGUCGCUGCUAUGUUCAUGGAUAGUUUGAAACGAUUUAACGUGGCUGCCGAGCUUACUGCCCUGAUCAACGAUACUACCGGCACUUUGAUUGCCUCUAACUACGUUGAUCCUCACACCAAGAUUGCCGUGAUCUUCGGUACCGGUUGUAAUGCCGCCUACAUGGAGAAUGCUGGUUCUAUUCCUAAGAUUGACAGUAUCGGACUCCCCAAAGAACAGGGUAUGGCCAUCAACUGUGAAUGGGGAGCCUUCGACUCGUUCGAACACCAACACCUUCCUCGAACCAAAUAUGAUAUCAUCAUUGAUGAAUCCUCCAACAAGCCUGGAGAACAAUCUUUCGAAAAGAUGAUUGCUGGUUUAUACCUUGGUGAAAUUUUCCGAUUAAUCAUCUGCGAGCUCAUCGAUGCGGGUGACCUGUUCUUGGGUCAAAACACAUACAAGCUUGAGAAGGCUUACGCUUUCGAUACCGCUUUCUUAUCUCUCAUGGAAAGUGACAUUACCGAUGAACUCCUUACUAUCAUCGGUGUUUUCACUCAUUUCUUCGGUGUCGAGACGACAUUGGAAGAGCGACAGUUCUUCAAGAAGCUUGCUGUGUUGAUCGGUACUCGAUCGGCGAGACUCUCGGCCUGUGGUAUCGCUGCCAUCGUCAGCAAGAAGGGCUACCUUGAUGAGGGUUGUGCUGUCGGUGCUGAUGGAUCACUGUACAACAAAUACCCCAACUUCGCUAAUCGAGUACAUGCUGCUCUGGUUGAUAUCUUUGGUGAAAAGGGUAAGAACAUCGUCACUCACCAUGCCGAAGAUGGUUCAGGUGUAGGAAGUGCUAUUAUUGCAGCUAUGACCAAAGAACGAAAAGACAGAGGAUUCUUCGUGGAAUACUAA